UCAAGAGCAUAUGCGAGAAGAAACCAGUAGACGAUCUUACAAAGGUGUUCCACAUUGCUAGAGGACUUGGGAGCAAUUAUCAAGGAUUCAAAACAGCCAUGUUAUCCAAAGCUCCAUACCCCACCUACAAUGAGUUUGUUCUACUCUCAAAGGACAUGAAGUAAUGUUAAAAUCUGCACUAGAAGAGGAAAGACUCACACAACCAAACCAUGAACAAGCAUUCUACUCUCAAAGAGGUAGAUUUAGAGGUAAAGGAAGAUAUUUUUCUUCGAGAGGAAGGGGUUUUCCUCAAGGUAGAUCAUCAACAUCACCCAAUUUCAUAAACAUCCCUACUACAGUGGACACCAUCCCUUCUGCUAGAGUUACUGAUUUCAAGAGGCAGAACACUAAAAUCAACCAAGAUCAAGGUAUGCCCAACUCUAUUGUUCACAAAAUUGAAAAACUAAUAUGUCAAAUUUGUGGCAAAGGGAAUCAUACUGCAUUGGAUUGUUGGAACCGCUUUGAUCACUCAUAUCAAUCGGAAGAAAUACCUAAGGCCCUUGCUGCUAUAAAUCUCAAUGAAGGCGUUGAUCCAUUGAUAUAUGCUGAUUCCGGAGCCACUUCCCUCAUGGUAAAUGAUCCAGGGACAAAUACUUGCUAGAGGCACGAGGACAGCAGGUUUGUAUGCACUUGAGGAACAACAUCCAGAGAAGUUUGAAGCUUAUGUGGCUGAUAUAGUUAAAAAUAAAGCUUCCCAUUCUAUUUGCAUAAGAGAAUGGGACAUUUGAAUGAAAAAUACUUAAAAUCAUUGUAUGCUCAACAACUUGUUGAUAUUUCUAGUUGGACUAAAGUAGACACUG